AUGUUUACUGAUGACCUCUCUCGCAUGAGGUUUGUCUUUCUCCUGAAAACGAAAGAUGGGGUGGCGGAGUCGCUCCAAGAGCUUAUCCAGAACGAAGCGGAUCCUUUGGGGAUCUGCAUCGGCAAGGUGCACUGCGAUGGCAGAGCAGACUUCAAGGGCAGGUUCCAAGCGUUGUGUGAGUCCAUGGGGAUCAAGGGUGCCGUUAUGUUUACUGAUGACCUCUCUCGCAUGAGGUUUGUCUUUCUCCUGAAAACGAAAGAUGGGGUGGCGGAGUCGCUCCAAGAGCUUAUCCAGAACGAAGCGGAUCCUUUGGGGAUCUGCAUCGGCAAGGUGCACUGCGAUGGCAGAGCAGACUUCAAGGGCAGGUUCCAAGCGUUGUGUGAGUCCAUGGGGAUCAAGGUCGAUGAUAGCCCUUCCUACGUGCCGCAAGGGAACGCCAUCGCCGAACGUGGAUUUGGCACCAUCUUCGGAAUGGCGCGCAAGCUACUCCUGGGAGCACCCCACCUUCCAGGCCAUCUGUGGGGCGAAGCAUUCCAUACAGUUAUCUACCUCAAGAAUCGCACACCAAGGAGGAUCUGGGCGGAAAGGCCCCACUCGAGGCUGUGGGAACCAGCGGAGCCCCUCAAGAUCGCAAACUCCGCUGAGGUGUCAUUUCGUGAGAAAGAGACUCGCGACGUGGUCAAACCCAAGGAAGGGGUCUCCAUCGCACCGGAGAGGAUGAAUCUGCAUACGACGGAGGAGGUGUACGAGCGGACCGAGCAUGCCCUGUUGACGGGUAGUGUGCUCGGAAAUAUCGGCACUGGUCGCCCCGGUGAGGCGGGCUACAGGCCUGCUGAUCCCGUGAGCUAUGACGCAGCGGUCAACGGCACGGAGGAAACACUCUGGAAAGAAAGCGUCAGCGACGAGGGGAAUUCGCUAUACAAACAUGACGUGUUCGACUGGGUGGAUCCGCCGAAGAACUCUGAACCGAUCCCGUCUAGGUUCCAUUUCGUGUGGAAGUACAAUCAGGACGGCGUGGCGGUUCGCGCGAAAACUCGUGUGAUGGUGCAAGGCUUCUACGAAGCUGAUACGGGGGCCGACAAGGCGGCGCCGGUGGCGUCCAUGGAAUCCGUACACAUGGUGUUAGCAGUUGCUGCCCACAACCAUCUCGUGCUGAAGCAAGCGGAUAUCAGGACGGCACUUUUACAUGCCAGAAUCCCCGAGGAUGCGGAGCCUACAUACGUCAUAUCGCCAAAGGGAUUCCCGUGUUCGCCGGGUCAAAGUAAUCAAGUCUGGGUUCUCAAGGCGUGGCUCUAUGGCCUGCGCCUCUCCCCGAAGGGAUGGAACGGUACUCUUUAUGUCUUUCUGCUGGAGCUUGGCUUUGUGCAGAGCACCGCAGACCCGUGCCUUUACUCACUGCAAGACGGAGAUUUACUUGUGCUUGUAUACGUGAGCGACAUCAUGUUCACCGGCACCAAUGACGAUCUGGUGACGACGGUAAUUUCGCAGCUGAAGGAAAGGUUCGAAAAGGUGGAUCUGGGGGAUGCGGAAUUCCUUCUGGGAAUGGCCAUUCAGCGCCAUCUCAACGCCGGAACACUUCUCCUGACGCAAGAGGCGUACACCAAGGCCGUGCUGGCUAAGUUCAACAUGGCUGACGCACACCCGACGAAGACGCCGGCUGAGGUUGGGCCGACCAGUACGGCGGAGGAUAAAGUGCUGUCGCCAGAGGGCACCAAGAAGUUCCGGUUGGCUACGGGUUCGGUUCUUCACCUUUGCAGGGGAACGAGGCCGGACAUUGCACACUCAGUGUUGGUGUUUACCAGGAGCAUGGCGAAACCGGGACCGAAGGCGAUGGCCAAGCUGAAGCGGCUGCUUCGGUACCUAAAGGGGACCACCUCCAUCGGAAUCACGUACAGCGAGGAUGCCGAGGAUGGAGACAAACUAACGGCGUACGCUGACUCGGACUUCGGAGGUGAUCUAGACGACCGGAAGCCGACUACGGGGAUCGUCCUAUUCCUAGCUGGUGGGCCGGUGGACUGGAGGGCGGCUAAACAACCGCUGGUGGCCGCCUCAUCGGUGGAGGCGGAGUGCGUGGCGUUGUCCAGGGCUAGCCAGCUCAUCAUCCCCUUCCGGCACCUACUGAAGACUGUAAACCGUGCCCAGAAGGAGGCAACGGUGCUUUACGAGGAUAACUCCGGGGCUAUAUUGACUAGCCUUAGCUCCACGAUCACGCCCAGGACCAAGCAUAUUGAUAUCAAGUAUCACCACAUCAGGUCGCUAAUCCAGGAUGGAGUCGUAUAG